GUGUGCUUCCUAAGAGGACUCCUCUCUCUCCGGAACAGAGUGAGAGUCCUAAUUUAGAGAGUGCCAAAAAUGGGAAGAGCACCUUGUUGCUCCAAAGUUGGCUUGCACAAAGGUCCAUGGACUCCUAAAGAGGAUGCAUUGCUUACCAAGUAUAUUCAAGCCCAUGGAGAAGGCCAAUGGAAAUCUCUACCAAAAAAAGCUGGGCUUCUUAGAUGUGGAAAAAGUUGUAGAUUGAGAUGGAUGAACUACCUUAGACCAGACAUAAAGAGAGGGAACAUAACAGCAGAAGAAGAUGAUCUUAUAAUCAGAAUGCAUUCACUUUUGGGGAAUAGAUGGUCCCUCAUAGCAGGAAGGUUACCAGGUAGAACAGACAAUGAAAUAAAGAACUAUUGGAACACCCAUCUAAGCAAAAAGGUGAAAAAUCAAGGAACAGAUGAGACCAACACAAUAGGGAAUCCCCAACAAGAGCCACCAAAAAGGAAGAAAAACGGUGGCAAAAAGACAAAGAAGAACAAGCAGAAGAAGAAAGGGAGCACAAAUACUAAUGCUGAUGAGGCACCAAAGACACAGGUUUAUUUGCCAAAGCCCAUCAGAGUGAAGGCUAUGUAUUUGGCUAGAACAGAUAGUAACACCUUCACCUUUGAUUCGAAUUCCCCUAGUGGAUCCACGAGCCAAGAAGAAAAGGAGGAGUGCCCCGUGACAAAGGAAUCAAACAUGGUUAGUGAAGUUGGUAACGAGGGAGAAAGUGAUGGUUUUGGCUUCUUCAGUGUAGACCAUGACUUGGUCAACGCCUCAGAUAUUGAAUGCCACUCUUAUUUUCACACGGAGGAUCAUGGCACACUGCAGAAAGUUUAUGAAGAAUAUUUCCAGCUCUUGAACAUGGACCAUGCCCAAUUCGAUAUCAAUUCUUACGAAGAUUUUUUGUUGGAGUGAAAGAAUAAUAUUACUACUCAGGAUCUUCUUGCUUCUGUAAUUUCAUCCCUUAUCUAAUCUCAUCUCAUCGUUUUUUGUACAUUUAAUAAAUAUGUACCUUUCUUUAUUGGUAAAAAUUCUCAUAUUCUAACAG